AUGUCCGCCGACACGGUGUCUACGCUGUUUCCCGGUCGACCGAUACGGCCCUUGCCGAAGAGACCGUUGCGGGAACGCCUCUCGGCCGAAGUCGCCAGCUCGAUCCAGUAUCCUCGAGUCCCGCAGACCGUUCACCCGCUCUUCUCAUACCCCUGCCCACCGGUAGAAGCUCAACCGUCUCAGUUGUCCGGGCUCACCGGCGAGCCUGGCCAACAGUCACGAGCUGGAACCGGAGCAGAUGGUGCUUCGAUCAGGCGGGCAAAUCGAGUGCCUCUCGACUCCGCAAGCCGUCUCUCACGCCCCGUGGUCAAGACCGAGUUCAGCAGGCACGGAAUACCAUACCCUCCGAAUUCAGCGUCAUCUUCAGCCGAUGGAUACGACACCUUUGAGCACACCAACAACAAGAAAAAGCGCAAGAUUCCAUCAGCUGCCGAGAUGCUUUCGAAUGGAGCACAUCACAGCAGCGAGUCGCUUCCAAGCUCUGGUUCACUUGCUGUGCAGCCUUUGGACGCCCAUGACGAAGAAUCGCCUGGGUGUACAACCUAUUAUGGACCUGGAUUCCGAGGAACGUACGGCAUGUGCAAUAUGUACAACGUGGCGGGGCCAGGUCGUGGCCGGUAUGGACGUCCGAGAAGCGGGCGGAGUCCGCUCCGGCCACUGCCGGAUACGAGUAACAGUUGGGUCGGGAGAGUCAAGGCACGCCCGGUGCAAUGGGGUGGCAAGCCACCAACCGAAAACACUGGCAUCAUUUCCAGUGCCAUUGCCAACGCAGAGAAACUGCCCCCUCAUCAAGGCCGAGAAAACACCAGUCUUCUGAACCAGCAACUGAAUACGAAACGGACUCCAGCAACCAGCCAGUUCACAUUCACUUGUGGUUCGGCAGUAACGGCUUGGCCCGGCCGAGCGGUGCCACAACAGUCUAUGAACAUUCGUCCACCUCUGGUGAACGGCGUCCGUGGCACCCAGGUGUCUCAAACCGCCUACGCUCCAUCAACCCUGCCCCAGCCUGCGCAUGUUUUACCAAAAGACACGGCUGCCAAGUCAGCAGGCAACACCCAUGCACGACCGGUUGCCAAUCCCAAGCCCGCUCGCCGCAACGCUGCCACUGAGUACCUGGCCGCUGCCAGAGCACGCCGUCAGGCAAAGCAAGAAGAGAACAGACGGCAUCCCCCCAAACCUGAGGAUAUUUGGAUCUGCCACUUCUGCGAGUAUGAGGACAUCUUUGGACAUCCGCCCGAGGCUCUCAUCCGUCAGUAUGAGAUCAAGGACCGCAAACAGCGGCAGCUGGAGCAGCGACGUCGAGCUCAAUGGGAGAGGAUGAAGAAGGGCAAGCACAAGGGAAAGAAGAACAGCAAGCUUCACAACAAGAACAUUAAUGCUGUACAAGAGCCUGCGGCCGUUGACAGCCAAGGGGCAUCCGACAGUCAGGGCACGCAGAGCGAGGAGAACUAUAACGACGACGAAGAGUGCGAGGAUAAGGAGUGUGAGGGCGAAGAUGCUGGGUAUCCCGACUGUCCCGCCGAGGUGCCUGGCCGCCGUCAGCAGUUCCCGAUCCGCCCUGGCGGCAACCAUGACAUACCGGGCACAUAACCCCGGCCCCCUCCCCCAACUUUUACCGGCAACCCUCUCAUUUCUCACGGCAGCAUGGAUAAACGUUUUCAAAUUGCGCAUACGGUCUGCGCGCAUAAUAUUGUUAGUUGGUCAUUCUGAGCCAUGAGGUAUAGGGUUGGCGGGCGGAUGGACCGGAGGGGGCAUCCUUUUCCACCACAAUAGCGUCAUGUUAGACUGAUGUACUGCACCGCACUGCACCACUGCUUUUCCCCCCACCACGCUCUCUUCUUACUGUACAGCAUGUACGAAGCAACACACCAAACAGGCCUUCUAUUGCUCUAACCCCCUUGCAUAAGAACUGAACCACCUGUUUUAGUCUUGACUCUCAUGUUGGUUGUGUUAGUAUUGUUUUACUGGGGGGAGAAAUAGAUAGAUUGGCGGUAAUACAGACUUCUUGAUGCGUCAUGAUGUAAUAAGCCGAUGAGAGCUGAGAACUUGGAUGCGAUUGAAGAUUGGACGACAUGUUACGAGACAGCUAUUCCAUGUGACGGUCUGAGACCAGGGGCC